AUGGCCAUGCAAAUCUGCUCCAGCUUCUCACUCUACAGAGGCAUCACGAGCAUGUACCUCACCGUGCAUGAGCAGUGUAUCCAACCGGGGCUAGUCCUGGUCGACAAACUCAGCCUCCGCAGCAUCAAAACGUCGUCCGACGAGGACGUCGUACCUUCAAAGGCGUCCCGUCCUGAUGUCCUCCAGCAACAAAAAAAGAUCAUCGAGGGCCUGCAGUCCCGUGUGGAUAACGUGAGCCAUACUCUCGAGAUGUUCCGCCUGCCAGAUGAGAAGACCAUUGAGAUGAUCCAGGAGAGUGCCGCGGUCGCGCAGGCCCAGAUCGACGAGGAGGUCGCGGCGACACCGUCGGCAAUGGAGACGCUGUCGGGGAGCUUGGGGGGGGAUCAGGGUGGUAUUUUCCCGACUGCAAAAGACUGA